AGUUUAUAACAAGCAUUUCCCUUUUUAAAUUUUACUUACCUGCUCAUCACGAAGCUACAACCUCCAUUUUCUCGGACCAAAUAGCGGCUGCGGCUGAUUCUUCCGCCGCCGUCACCACCGUCGUUGAUUCAUUUCCAAUUACACCCGGUUGUUCAUUUCACUGUUGCAGUUGGUGAUGAAGGUUUGGGUAAAAGUACUCACUGCUUUCAAAUCCCUCGUUUAACACUCGAUGUUGGAAGAACCUUUCUCCGCGAAACAGUUGCUACAAAACCACACCAAUCAAAUGUUCAUGUUGUUGAAGACAUGUGUUCAUGAUCACAACCCACUUUCCAUCUUCAGUUUAUGCCAUCUUCCAGAGACCUCUUCUUGUCUAAGCUCCAGAAGUGUAUCCCAAAAUCAUGGAAACAACAACAACCCACCAAACCCUUUCACAAACCACUUGUGUCUGAGUUUGAUAAUGGUGAAUCUAUACUUGGUGUUCUUCUUGCAUCCUUCAAGGAUUUUUUAACUCAUGGGCACUUGUCAAAUGCAGUCAAAACGUUCAUUCACAUACAGCAUCAUGCAGCUUCUCCUGGGUUUUCCCAUAUUGUCUCGCGCCCCAUUAGCUCUCUUCUCUUGGGUUGCAUCAAAGUUAAGUCUCUUUCACAGGGGAAGCAGCUUCAUGCCCAUGUUAUUCAACUGGGUUUUGAUCAAAAUCAUGUAUUGGUUUCUAGGCUUUUUCAUUUUUAUACAAGAUUCAAUCUACUUGAUGAUGCUUGUACUGUCACUGAGAGCUCUAAUAGUUUGGACCCUUUGCAUUGGAACAUGCUUAUCUCAUUGUAUGUUAGAAAUGAGCUCUUUGUGGAGGCUCUUUCUGUUUAUAAGAAAAUGUUGAGGAAGAAUGUUAAACCAGAUGAAUUCACUUACCCAUCUGUUCUCAAGGCUUGUGGUGAAUUGUUAGAUUGUGCUACAGGUGUGGAGGUUUGCAAGGCUAUUGAAACUGGCUCCAUGGAGUGGAGCUUGUUUGUGCACAAUGCACUGGUCUCCAUGUAUGGUAGGUUUGGGGAACUGGAGGUUGCUCGCCACUUGUUUGAUAAUAUGCCGGAAAGAGAUGCUGUUUCUUGGAACACUAUCAUCAGCUGUUAUGCCUCUAGGGGAAUGUUGGUGGAGGCAUUUCAGCUAUGUGAUAGGAUGCAAGAGGAGGGUAUUAAAGAGAAUAUUAGAAUAUGGAACACCAUGGCUGGAGGGUGCUUACGUUCAGGCAAGUUCAUCGGGGCACUUAAUCUGCUUUCUCAGAUGAGAACAAGCAUUCAUUUGGACCAUGUUGCAAUGGUUGUUGGAUUGAAUACAUGCUCUCAAAUUGGAGCCCUUAAAUUGGGAAAGGAGAUUCACGGUCAUGCUGUAAGAACUUGCUUUGAUGUUAUUGACAACGUAAGAAAUGCAUUGAUCACAAUGUAUUCCAGGUGUGGAGACCUUGGUCAUGCAUAUAUGUUGUUUCAUAGAAUGGAAGAGAAAGGUUUGAUCACUUGGAACGCCAUGCUCUCGGGAUUUGCUCACAUGGGCCGAGCUGAGGAAGUCUCCUUCCUUUUUCGGCAAAUGGUACACAAGGGUAUUGAACCUAAUUACAUGACCAUUGCAAGCGUUCUUCCCCUUUGCGCUCGCAUAGCGAAUCUCCAGCAUGGUAAAGAGUUCCAUUGCUACAUCAUGAAGCGUGAACAGUUUAAAGACGACUUAUUAUUGUGGAACAUUCUGGUGGACAUGUAUGCAAGGUCUGGCAAAGUUUUAGAAGCCAAAAGAGUGUUUGAUUCAUUGAGUACACGAGAUAAAUUCACAUACACUUCCAUGAUUAGGGGAUAUGGUAUGAAGGGAGAAGGGAAAAUAGCUCUGAAACUAUAUGAAGAGAUGCUCAAGUUUAAGAUUAAUCCUGAUCAUGUAACUAUGGUUGCAGUUCUAACGGCCUGUAGUCAUUCUGGUCUUGUAGCACAAGGGGAUUUUCUCUUUAAAAAGAUGACAGAGGUUUUUGGAAUAACUCCAAGAAUUGAGCACUAUGCCUGCAUGGCUGAUCUUUAUGGGAGGGCUGGUUUUCUGAAUAAAGCAAAGGAGAUUAUCACAAGGAUGCCAUACACACCAACACCGGCGAUGUGGGUGACUCUCAUCAGAGCUUGUCAAAUCCAUGGAGAUACAAUGAUGGGGGAAUGGGCUGCAGGGAAGUUGCUAGAAAUGAAGCCUGAUCAUCCAGGCUAUUACUUGUUGAUUGCGAAUAUAUAUGCUGCUGCUGGUUGUUGGAGCAAACUAGAACAAGUGAGAACUUAUAUAAGGAAUCUGGGUGUGAAAAAAGCCCCUGGUUGUGCUUCGGUUGAUGAUGGUAGUGAGCUUUCUCCAUUUUUAGUGGGGGACACUUCCAACCUUCAUGCCGGUGAGAUUUACCCCUUGAUGGAUGGAUUGAAUGAACUAAGGAAAGAUGCUGGUUAUAAACGUAGUGAGGAGUUUUCAUCUGAGGAAGAUGUUGAGAUGAAUGUUGCAGGGAAUGUAUACUGAAUAGAAGUUAAACAUAUGAUCAUAGAUAGCUAUUCUUGUAAAUUUAAGAGAUUGUUAUUACAAUCCAAAACGCAAGGCCUAAAAAGCAGAAAUUUACUUAAUCAAUUGCUAGAUCAAGGAGCAUAAUUGGAUUCUACUCAGUAAAACUAUCAUGAAAAGUUUAUGCACAUUGUAGCUCACUACUCUGUUCCUAAACGCCAGCCAUUUCAUUUACAAGCUACCCUUUUACAUUGCUAGAGAUAAAACGACGAGUGAACAUAAAGCAGGUCUGUGUCUAUAUACUGCUUGAGAUUUGAUUAU